CCUUUAGAUAGCAAGGUUGCCUCGAGAAAUAGAAAAAAACACCAAAAAAUUAAAAUCAAUGUUGAUGAUUCCAUUACAGAGAAUCAAACUCAUCGAACUUUGACUGUAUCUGGUCUAUUUCUAUAUCGCCAGAAUUCUUAAUGAAUUCGAUUUGUUUUAUAUAAAAGGACAAAUUGGAACAAUAUGUUCAUUCUAAAGAGUAUAGCGCAGUAAGAAAGUUGUAAAAUUCAGUGAAACAUUCAGUCAAAAGUUGAAAUGGUCGAGGCGUUACCGUGGAAUCGCAACAUAUUGCGACGCCUUUACAUCAAUCAAGAUGAGAAAAGUUUCAAUGAGUCCAGUGCAAUGAAAUGGUUCAACGCAGUGUUCAACAUUGCCUUUCACUGCAGCCAGUUUUCCAUUAUAGUGUCGCUGUUAUUUUUUAUGCAUAGGCACAUCAAAUCAUUUGAAAAGGUGUUACUUGGUGUGUACGAAAUGGGAGUGACAACCAGUGCAUACUUUACAUUUUGGGCACUAUUCUUUGCCAGGAAUGAAGUGACCGAAUUUUUCGAUGAUUUGCAAGGCAUCUAUGAUGAGAACAAAGAUGAACGAUCGUUCCAUGUGUUUGUCGAAGGCAAUGAACAGAGUGAAAAAAGUACCAAGUUUUUGAUGAGAGGCGCACCGACCGUUUAUUUUUUGUACCAAGUAUUUUUGGCCUUUUUGAGCCUUUUCAUUUGCUACAGAGCGGAUGGUUACAUCGAUCCUGCCCGACUGUCGCUUUAUAACCCUUUUAAAUUUGUGCUACCUUGGAAUCAGAAAUCCUUAAUCGGAUGCAUUGCAUCAAGAUUGUACGCGCUGUUAUUCGGUCAAUCGUAUGUCAUACUGAAUGGUGUUGCUGGUUCCUAUUUCGUGGCCAUUGUCCACCAUCACAACACCUUCUAUAAACAUUACGAUGCCUUGUGCGGACAGAUCAAUGAAAUAUCUCAAAUGGAAAAUAAUGGACCAAUGGCCAAGCACACACUUAUCAAACUUAUCAAAUUUCAUACAGCAGCCAAAGGUCUAUUUUUGAAGUCAGCAGACAUUUUCAGCCGAGCCAUCAUGAUUCAGUUGAUCGGCGGCACCAUUUAUGUUUCGUGUCGCAUUUUCCAACUGGACGUGACCGUCCAAAAUCGAGACCCAAACGCACUGCUUGUGAUCGUCGGCAUGAGCGUUGGACUGUCGUAUCUAUUUCUCUUUUGCUAUUAUGGCAAACGAACCAACGUGUAUUAUUAUCUCAUGGGCCAUAGCUUAUUCGAAUCAAAUUGGUAUCUGCUAUCGUAUGAAUUGCAGAAAUUUUACGUAUUGAUGAUUGCAAAUGCCCAGUUGCCCGUCAACUAUCAUGGAAUGAAUGUAGUUGACUUGAAUUUGGAACGAUUCACUAAGAUAUUGAACACGAUUAUUUCGUAUUAUUUGGCAUUCAAAACUCUUAUCAUGGGUUAAUGCAUACAUUUUCUGCGUAUCUAUCACCACUUUUCUGUAAAAUGGACAUCAAAAUGUUUUAAAGCAGAGUUUUACGUCCAAAAUUAC